AUGUCAGUCAAGUCUCCAAAGCUGCCGAGCAUCAAAAAGAAAAAACCUCCAAAGGACAAUGCCCAGGCAGAGGUUCUCAAUACCCUGGGACUAGAGGCCUUCUUGACUACACCACUGGACCCAGCGUCUCUGUUGGACAUCAGCACUUGGACUCUGGAGAAACAGGCCCCUCUUGAGCCCAAGGAUCUACCAAAUGCCUUUCUACAACGCUUGUGGAUGUUUAGCCAAGAUGCCCGGAGUCCUUGCUGCAAACCUCUGCAUGAUGUUUUGAACAAUUCCAACAAUUCACCUGAGGAAAUUAGAAAUGGCUUUAAAGAAGAAAGCCAGUGUGCCGUCAACCCCCUUGAUCUAGUAACAGCUGUCUUUAUGUCUGCUAACACUUUUCUUCAGCAGGAGAUGACUGUGCGUAUGUUACAAUGCCAGUUUGCUGUGCCCCUGGUCCUUCCAAAUAAAGAUCCAGAAGAAGCCAGUCGCUUCCUUCUUUGGCCUUUGAGAGGUGCUGUUACUCAAUGGAGAUCACACUUUCCGGAAAAUAACAGAAAGGUCUAUGGGGGGGAUUUGGCGAGUACAUACAUGCCAGUAGUUUCUUGUGUGAGGCUUGGUCACAGUGGUGUCUCUAAGUCACAGGUGCUAAACAAUGUAAUAGGUGGACUCGGAUCUUCCUGUGACACAUUUCUCCACAGGGGGAUGGAUGGAGGACAGCUUCCCCGAAGACUCUCAAAUGGCCUGGUUGAGAUUGGAUGGUAUCUACCAACUGGUGACCCUGUCAGAGACAUUUUUCCUGUCCCUGUGGUCAUCUCUAACCUCCGUGGUGAUGCCAGUAAACAUGAAAAAUGCCUCAGCCUUCUAUGUCAAGCGUCUUCAGCCGUGGUGGUUUUCUGUGGGAAUCUUCGGGAGAAAGAAAAACAAGUUCUUGCAUCUUGCAAGUAUAUGGCACACAAGCUCAUAUUGAUUGACCUAUCAGAUGCUGAGAACAAUGACAACAGGGUCGUGGGGUUUGCUGGUCAGAACCUUGAAGAAUACAUGGAGCUUCCUGGAGGAUCAGUGGUACACGGUAGGGAUUUGAGUGAAGAGGAACUGGCUAACACGCUGUGUGGGUCCUUGAAAGAUCUAUUACCAGAUGAAUUGAAACUUGUGACACUUGAGGCAGCAGCCAAAUUAGCAGAGGAGCUAGGCCUAAAUGUAGACGAAGGGGCAAUCUGCAAAAAGGCAAUGGCUACAGUGGAGAAAGUAUUGCAAGGUUUAGAUGAGGGAUCUGCUCAAUUUAGGGACAAACAGCUUCCACUGCAGGGGUCUUUGUGGAGCAAACUUGCUGAAAUGGAAAAGGAGGAAAGUAAGCAAAGAAAAGAAGGAAAAGAAAUUGACGGACAACUGCAAAAAGAAAAGAAAGACAUCUUGAUAGAGUUGAGCUGCUACAAAAUUACCUCAGCAAUGAAGAUUUUCACCGGCGCGCUUUCAGCAACAGAUAAAGUGGAGAGGACCUAUUUUCUUAGUUGGAUGAAGCUGAGGCUUCGUCUUAAUCAAAUGGAAAAACAAAACAGUCCACAAGAUCUAUUUACAAAGCUGAAGACAGAAAAAAAAGAUGGCCUGCCAGAACACUGUGAUAACCUCCAAAAUGGAGUCAAUUAUGACACAGGGGAAAGUGAUCGUUUCUGCACAGAUUCGACACCUGAGGAAGAUAACACCGAAGAGCAGCUCAUGAAUCAUGAAUUGCAAGAUUCUGAGCAACAGGUGGAGAUAAGCCAAGGGUUAGUACACAUUUUGCAAACAUCUGCAGAAAAAACCAUAGAGCCACAGUCACAACAGAAAGAACAUGUUGAGUCAACAAAAGAUCCAGGCAGAGAUGUUUCCUUUGAACAUCCUACAGACUCAUGUCAACAGCUUUUGGAGCCUGAUCAGUCCACGCUUGGACUUGAGCAUUUUUUGCGUGAGAUGGGCUUAAUCUUUGAACUAACACACAUCAGUCCCAGGAGUGGGAGCCACAAUGUGUUGCGUCUCCCUAGUUUAGCUACAGACCUUCUUCUAUAUGGGAUUCCACUUGAACUGAUGGAUGGAAAUGCCUCAAACAUCCCAAUGCGCUGGCUGGCAUGUGUCUUUGCAGAGCUCAAACUCCGCCUACCUCAAAAACAGUGCAGGACCCGAGUGCUGACAAAUCUUGGAUUACACCAUGCUUGGAAUGCUGAGCUUCUUUCUGAAUUAUUUGGGGCAAAAUUUCCUGAAGGAAGGAAAAGAUCCACCAAAGGGUUAUACAUGGCUGCCCUGUGUCUGCCUGAUCGGCUAAGAAAGGAAAUGGAGUGUGACUUUCUGUUUUUAAUUGAUGUAGAAGGUCUCUGCUCAGUGUCUCUGGACAACAAAAUAAAUGUGCUGAUCCACGACAAUGAGAUGGCCACUGUUGCCGCAGGCUUGAGUGAUGUUUUAUUGCAGAACAUCUCUUCACACGUGGGUACUGAGUAUGAAACUUACCUCACUGUCACAGUCAAUGCUCUCCUACGCAUCAAAGAAUUUAGUUCCAUGCCCAUUUGCCAACUCCUGGCCCAGGAUGAAGGAAUACACUGCUUACUACAAGCAUCACAGUUAAGACGUGUAUCAGAUAUGCUACAGACUGAGAGUAGGGACAGAGGAACUAGCAAUGCUGAUGACCAUUAUGCAAAGACCAAAAGCUGUAUCACCUGUGUCAAAGGGCCUUGGUGCAAUAUGUCCCUUUCUCAACCAAUUGACACACAGUAUAGUGAGACUCUGUUAAAGCUUAAGGAAAACCUGUUUGGGGCGUUGAAGAAGUGUGCAGCUAAGUCUGAAGCCACUGGUCUGCCUGAAUUAAUGAGCCGUCUGUGUGCGGUUUGGGAUGCAGUGAAAGCAGAAUCAUUCUCCACUGGUCUGCAAAAUACUGACAUAGCUUUAGCUUUCUGUUUACUGUGCACCGAGUUUUUCCAGUGGGAGCAUAGUUGCCUGGAACACAUGGAGAGCUGGCUUAAGGGGGCAACAGAGACAAUCUUCGACACAAAGGCAAAGGCUCUGGAUGCUGAAAUCCAAAAUAGCCUUUUGAGAAGGCUGAAGGCUGAAGCCAGAGAGGAAGUCAAAACAGAGGUAGACAAGCUUAGAUCAAAAGCAGAUGCCUAUUUGAUGAAAGACAACGUUCUCGAAAUGAACACUUUCAAGCCAAUCCUAAUGAGCAAUAUGGAUCACCUUCAGGAGGAAGUCACUGAAGAGAUGGUGCAAAGGUUGGGGACAGUCAACGAAAGCCAUUGUUCUUUGACACAGUUAGAAAGGUUUGAGAACUCACUGGAAAAAGAACAGGAAUCUAAACUGCAUGCACUCGUAGAGAACAGCAAGUCAUCUAAAGUUCUCCUUCAAGAUACAGAACUAGAAGAGGAGUUUGAGGAUGUGUGGAGUAAGACUUUGUCCAACUUUGCCUUUAGGCCAUCAGAAACAGAUGAUAUUACUGCAAGAGUGACCAAUGUUUUGAAACAUAAUCUAAUUCGCUGUGGUCUCCAGAAACACAUGACAAAACUUGAAGUUAUUGGCAAAAACCAAACAUCGGGCUUCCAAGUUAAUGAUGAGCACUUUGGAUACCGCAGCAGAUUAAAGCACAUGUUUGAAGACAACAACAGACUGCAGAGGAUAGAAGCUCAACAGGUAGCAUGCAAGGUCAAAGAAGAAUACAAUCAGUUGGUAGCAGAUAAGUCUAGUUUAGCAGCAGAUUUCUCUGACAGCUAUAUUGCAGAACUUUUGGAAAAUGUUGAAAAAGCCUUGAAAGAAAAAGCUAUGGAAAUCAGAUCAGCGUUUGAAGUGGAUCUGAAAGUUUAUCUCUGUAGCGCUGCAUGCCAAGACUUCCAACAACUACAUGACCGCUAUGCCAAGGACAGCUUGCUUUUGACAACUAUUACUGCAACCAAGAGUAAGUACAUGUCAGAUUUCAUCUACAAGUUCAGGAAGAGAGAUCAGUGCCAGAGGGUGGCUCAAGCAUUUACCUCCAUGGUUGUCAAACCUACAGUGUUAGACUAUAUUUAUAGACCACUGGGAAUGCAAAUUGUUAAAGAUAUCCAAGAUAAAGCCCAGCAGUAUCAGUCCCCAUGUUCCUUUCAUCAAAGCUUAAUGGAAGAGCUAGUGAAGGAGGACCAUUUUGAAAGCUUCAAGGAAUAUUUGCUUAACUAUGACAAAUUCAGAGUGAGGAAGAUCCAGGAGACGGUGGUGGCUCAUCUCUCUGAAUCAUCCAACUUUGGUAUAUGGAGGCAACAGAGACUUGGGGAAAUUGUAGGGAAGAUUGCGGCAGCAGUGAGCCAAACGGCAGAAGGUGCCAGUGGAGUACUUAGUGAUACAAAGCCGUUACUGGAGAGAGUUUGCCUAAUUUUAGAGAAAGAUGGAGAUGUUGAUGUCAAGGCCAGGUCCUGUUUGGACGGACCUUUCUUCAGUAUCACCACGGAAUGGGAUCGCUUUGUCACAUGUCUAAUGGAGUUACUGGCUGCAAUGAGAUUGGAACUAGCCCAGGAGUUCUCUCAAAAUGUUGAGAUCACCCAACUUCUUCAGUGCCCUAUAAUCCAGCCCCAAGAGGCCUUGUUUGAAAGAGUAAGAGGCUGUGACCAGCACUGUCCUCUCUGCAGAGCCCCCUGUGAGCUGCAAGAGGGGCAUGAGCUUCACAAGGCUCUGCUCCACAGGCCCAAAGACAUGUUGCCCCAUGACUCAGGUAUGACAGAGGGAAACCCAGGCAUGAGUAAGGACAAACAAGACCUGUCUGUAGCAUGCAGCAGCCUCCAUUCCCUCUACCCAGACUGGAGCAUCUCCCAUGGGGACCCAAACACUGAGAUGCCAUGUGCUUAUUGGAGGUAUGUGUGGGCAAGGUUCAAUGAGAGCUUUGCAAAGGAAUACAAUCAGGAACCAGCAUAUAUUUCUGAUGAGUGGAAGGAGAUAACUGAGGAGGAGGCACUGGACAGUCUCAAGGAGGCCUUCUUCUAUGGACAAUGCUGA